GGGUCCCGUCCGGUCCCGUCCCGCAGCGUCUCGCCCGCGGGCUCCUCGCACCUUCCCGGCACCCGAGGCGCUCGCGGGUGCUUCCAGCCCAGCCAUGGCUCAGCACUUCUCCCUGGCCGCCUGCGACGUGGUCGGCUUCGACCUGGACCACACUCUGUGUCGCUACAACCUGCCCGAGAGCGCCGUGCUCAUUUAUAAUAGCUUUGCUCAGUUCCUGGUCAAGGAGAAAGGGUAUGACAAGGAAUUACUAACUGUGACUCCAGAGGACUGGGAUUUCUGUUGCAAGGGAUUGGCACUAGAUCUGGAAGAUGGGAACUUCAUUAAACUGGCAGAUAAUGGCACUGUGCUCAGGGCAAGCCAUGGCACAAAGAUGAUGGCUCCAGAGGUGGUGGCAGAGGAGUACGGCAGCAAGGAGUGGAAACACUUCAUGUCUGACACGGGAAUGGCCUGCCGAUCAGGAAAAUAUUAUUUUUAUGAUAACUACUUUGACCUGCCAGGAGCCCUUCUAUGUGCCAGAGUGGUGGACUCUUUAACAAAGCAGAACAAUGGUCAAAAAACAUUUGAUUUUUGGAAGGAUAUAGUUGCCGGUAUACAACACAAUUAUAAAAUGUCAGCUUUUAAGGAAAACUGUGGAAUAUAUUUUCCAGAAAUAAAAAGAGAUCCAGGCAGAUAUUUGCACACUUGUCCUGAAUCUGUGAAAAAGUGGCUUCGACAGCUAAAGAAUGCUGGGAAAAUUCUUUUGUUAAUUACAAGUUCUCACAGUGAUUACUGUCGACUUCUCUGUGAAUAUAUUCUUGGGAAUGAUUUUACAGACCUUUUUGACAUUGUGAUUACAAAUGCAUUGAAGCCUGGUUUCUUCUCCCAUUUACCAAAUCAAAGGCCUUUCUGGACACUUGAAAAUGAUGAGGAGCAGGAGGCCUUGCCAGCUCUGGAUAAACCUGGCUGGUACUCUCAAGGGAACGCUGUCCACCUUUAUGAACUCCUGAAGAAAAUGACUGGCAAAAGUGAACCGAAGGUUGUUUACUUUGGUGACAGCAUGCAUUCAGACAUUUUCCCAGCCCGCCAUUAUAGUAAUUGGGAGACAGUUCUCAUCCUGGAAGAGCUCAGAGGGGACAGAGACAGGAAGCCUGAAGAAUCAGAGCCUCUAGAGAAGAAAGGAAAAUAUGAGGGACCAAAGGCAAAGCCUCUAAAUACAUUAUCUAAAAAAUGGGGCUCUUUUUUUAUUGAUUCGGUUUUGGGACUGGAAAAUACAGAAGACUCAUUGGUUUACACAUGGUCUUGUAAGAGAAUCAGUACUUACAGCACUAUUGCAAUUCCAAGUAUUGAAGCAAUAGCAGAAUUACCCCUUGACUACAAAUUUUCAAGGUUCUCUUCAAGCAAUUCAAAAACAGCUGGCUACUAUCCAAACCCUCCAUCGAUCUUAUCAAAUGAUGAGACACUGACAACCAAAUAAACUGUCUCUACUGAAAAAUGAAGAACCACAUAUGCAGCAAAUGUACUGUAAAAAUGUUAAUUUUUGAAAAAUACUGUAAAAUGCUUUAUAGAAACAAAUUCCUAAUGAUAACUAAGAAUUAGAUGCUUUUCCAUAAGUCUCCUUUCUGUAGAGAUCGUCUUGAUGCCCAACAACUCUCAUUAUAUUAAAAUCUCAGUGUCUUAGAA